AUGCCUUCUCCACACAGCUCCAGACGGAAAGGAAAGCAACGCAAACGAGUGGCUCCAACCACCAUUGCUGCUUCCACCGUCAAGACACGCUCCUCGCCACGGACACGGAAUUUCUCGCCAGCAGCAGCUGUUGCUCGGCCAGUCCAAGGAAAAAUCAAACCCAAAAUCGCCUUUCAACCCGACACUGACAAUAGCGAUUCUGACGAUGACAGCAUGGAAGUGACCAUCCAUCCAAAGUCGCCUGCGACAAGGUCCACUACAGCUUCACCGGCCGUGUUGACUGGGCGUCGGAAGAAUGCUGGACGGCGGUCACCCAAAAGCCCUGCAGCAAAGCUACAAAUCGAUCUUUCUGAUGAUGAAAGCGACAAUGAUAGCGACAUUGAAAAUCCUACCACGCAGCAACUUUCUUGUCUCUGCUGGAAAUGCCAUGUGAAACUCAAACUGCCAAACUCCACACAAUUCUGUUGCUACGCCAUGCAUGUUCAUCCGGUCUUGCAAGUCCCUGUUUGCUGUGUGUGCAGCGAAGAAGUUGCAAAUCAUCAGAAUGGAAGUGCUGGUACGGACGGGGACGACAUUUGCCAUGGCUGUGCAGAACCCGCCGAUACGAUGUUCCUGUGCGAUCGCUGCCCUCGACAGUUUUGCAGCACCUGCGUCGCACAAGCCAAUGGAGGAGGUGACAAGGGUUUGAAAUUUGCGGAUCAAUUGGCAGAGGAAGAAGACGACUGGAUGUGCCUGAUGUGUGGGCCCGAGCCAGAGCUGGAAGAGUUGCAGCAAGGGUUGGACCAAAAGAGUACCGCCACAACUGUCGACCAGCUGUCCCAAGACAGUGCCGAUGUAGAUUCAUCUCCAAAGCGGAGCGUCGACGAGAUCCUCAAAGAAUUGGACUGCGUAGAGGCAGAGCAACGAGCCUGUGAGAAAUGGGAUGAUCCAGCCUUCCUGGCAGCCAAACGUUUGGAAAUCUCCAGAGAAUAUGAGCGAGAAAACCCUCACUCGAGCGCAGAUGAGGUGGCGAAAUUUGAAGAAGGUGAAAUCAAAAGAUUGAUUAAGGAAUGGGGAAAGCAUGACGCCAGGCUUGGAGACAUGGCGACAAGUCUACAAGAAGAACUUGAGGUCGGGCACAAGCUUGAUCUGGCCAAGGUCUAUCGUAAAUACUUCAGCGAAGAAGGAUUCACCGACCAAAAUGCAGGUGAAGGAGAGGAAGUGGAUCCAGAGUGGAAAAGGAAGGCAGAUGAGGAGAUUCGACGGCGGGAUAAGGCGCAACCCCCUCAACCGAUUCCAAACAUUUUAUCUCCGCGAAAGUACGAACAGGAUACCUAUGUCGAUUUGGAGGACCUCAUGACAAAGGCGGAAGACGAGCAAGACCGAAGCACUCUGGGGGAAGGGUUCCGGUCUACCAGCGAAAGACCGUCGCAAAGACAAAUUGAAAUGGCGCUGAAAAUGGAAGACGAACUACUGAAGGAAAAAAAGAUCAGAAUUCAACUCAAGAUUGACAACGACGCAGACGCGCAAGAAGAAAACGAUGAGCAAGAGCAGACAUCACAACAGGGAUCCAAUGGCGUGUCCAGCGUUCGACGAGACACAUACGUAUCGUUCAUGAAAGAGCGACAGAAGAAGAAAAAACCACCUCCAGCGGCAUCAUUGCCUCCUGUCCCCGAGGAGACCAAGGAUGAUACCGCAGCCGACCAAGAAACCGCCAAUCCACUCCGCAAACCAAAGCCAUUCUCAUCCUCCGCGUUUGUUGAUCUCACUGAUGAUAGCCCUGCUCUGCAUCAACGGCGAAAACCUACGGGUUUCGCACGAAACCCACGAAAGGCGUUGCAAUUCGAAUAUUGGGAGGCCAGCAAGGACGCCAGCGAUGAGGAAGAUGACCCGGACGACGAUUGGCCACACUCUGAUCUUGUGUUGUCCUCACCGAAUGUCUACUCUUCGAGUGAUCAUAAGGUCAAGACGGUCACCGUAUCCAAAGACCUAGUAGCGCAUUUGAAGCCGCAUCAGAAGGAAGGUGUCCAAUUCAUGUGGCGAAAUGCGUGCAAGGACUUGAAUGUGCGAACGAGCAAUGAUCAAGCCGGUCUCAGCGAAGAAAAAGAUGUUGGUGGAUCCAUCCUUGCCCAUUCCAUGGGGCUUGGGAAGUCCUUAACCACGAUAGCCCUUCUGCACACAUUGCUGAAUCAUCCUUCGCUCAUUGAUCAGAAGAUGCGCCGAGGCAUGGUGCACACUGCGAUGCUCAUCGUCCCGAAGAAUACAGUGGAGAGCUGGAAGUUUGAAUGCAGGAAGUGGACGGGUAACCUCAAGCCCUCCUUGCUGCUUUUUGUGCUCAACGAUCACGGGAAGCUGUCUCGUCCCCAUAUCGUCAACCAAUGGGCCCAAAGGGGCGGUGUUCUCGUUGUGACCAAGGAUAUUUUCGCAAAUUCGUCCAAGGAAAAUGUCAUGUCUGCUAAACUGCUAUCGCCUGGUCCCGAUGUGGUUGUUGUUGACGAAGCACACCUUUGUCUUUCCAGCAAAACUAGUGUCCUCUACAAGGCUCUCAAUGAGAUCCGAACGAAGCGCCGAAUCUUGCUCACGGGUAGUCCGUUCCAAAACAACGUGUUGGAGUAUUAUCGCAUGUGUCAAUGGAUUCGUCCAGAUGCUCUGGAAGCCACAGAGUCAGCGUUUGACACCAACUUUGCCCAACCUAUCAUGGCCGGAUUGCCCUCUGACGCAUCGAUAGAGCAGCGUCGGGAGAGCAGCCUGAAGUCAAAGCAGCUGAACAAUAUUCUCUCGCCGUUCGUCCAUCGGAAAGACGUGAGCGUGCUGCGAGACUUUCUGCCUGCGCUGUCGCAAGUCGUACUCCAUGUCCGGCCCACCAAGGUCCAGACUCGCCUUUACACAGCGUUGAAACGCUACGAAAACACACUUGACAAGAACAACUUCCUGGAAAAGUAUUCUCGUAGCAGACCUAUACACAAUCACCCAGCUUGCCUGUUGAUGAAUUCCAAGUACGACGACGAGAAAGUAGGAAAGAAUGACGAUGACGACGAGUCAGGAAACUUCGCCGAUGAAAGAUGGUGGAAGAAACCAAUCGAAAAAAUGGGAGUAGACAAAGUCAGCCAAGUCAAACACGGCGGGAAGAUUGUGCUACUUCUGCACAUCCUGACACAUGCUCACCAGAUCGGGGAUAAGGUGGUGGUGUUUGCCAACUGUCUGAAAACGUUGGAUUACAUAGAACAGACGCUCCAGCUAGGGAAUUGGUCUGCGCACUGCAAGUCUUUGAAGUCUUCUUUCCCUGGAACCAAACUUGGCGGUUGGGCAUUGGGUCAAGAAUAUCUAAGGCUGGACGGGAAAACAGAGUCCCUGAAGCGAGGCGACCUGAUUUCUCAAUUCAACAAUGUGAACACUCGGCAACUUUUCUUGAUAUCUCGCGCUGGGAAUGUUGGGAUAACUUUGACAGCUGCAAAUCGUGUUGUGCUCAUGGACAACCACUUCAACCCAACCGUCAUGAAUCAAGCUCUGUUUCGGUGCUAUCGGUUCGGGCAAGAAAAGUCGGUUUUCGUGUAUCGCCUUCUCACAGAGGGGACAACGGAGGAAAAGGUGUACAGCAGGAGCGUAAACAAAGAGGGUCUUUCUAUGCGUGUCAUUGAUGGCAAGUCUUUUGAAGGCGCCUUUACGGAACAGGAGCUUUCGAAUUUGGUUCUGAAUGAUACUUGGGUGUGUUGCGACAAGUGUGAGAAGUGGAGAAUGAUAAAGGGCCAAGAAGAAGAAGAUCUCCCAGACAAGUGGGACUGCUCAAUGAACGUCAACGACAACGUGAACAAUAAUUGCAAUGCAUCAGAAAAGGACAAUCGCUGGUAUCACAAGCACUUUCAGCUCGCUUACGUGGACACUGGUGCCAAGGGUGAACACGCCGAAGCCGUCGCCGGAAGACACCAAUACAGGAUCUCAGCAGAGGCGGGUGAAGAUGAGGGGGCCACCAUCAGUGUUCAAGAUGCGGAAGCCAAAGAGGCCCAAGCGCGCAAGGACGAGAUCUUGAGUAAGCUGCUUGAUGAUUGCUCCAGCGAUGAGUCGAAAGACAACAAGACCGUGAGCAUUUCAAAGUAUUACUUCCACGAGGCACUACUCGAAAAGCAUGACGAUGAAGCUCUCGAGCCUGAGUCUGCUGCAGCAGAGGAGAAUGCUGCUGACGACGCCAAGCCUGCCAGCAAACCCAACGAGGGCACUGAUGACAAAGCAGCUGCAGCACCCGACAAGAAGAAGAAGUCGUUCAAGGAAAAGCUGAAAGCUCAUAAACGCAAGGAGUCUCUGGAGUCUGGGGCGGGUAGUGAGAGUACGGCAAUGGUGGAGACAAAGAAGCGCCCUCCAACAGCCACAGCCACGGAAGAUCGUACACCCGAUAAUAAGAAGAAACGAUAUGCAGAAGAGACCGCAGCUGCUGCCAAGCCACCGACCAGCCAACAUUCUAACGGGCCGUCGAGUGCCAAGAAAGUCAAAACAGAGAGUCCUGCUUCCGCUGUCGCAGAGAGCUCCACUCCACGAUUUUCAUUGUCUCGUUGCAGACCAAGCAGUGCCAAGAAAGCCAACGAGAAGGGGGGCCAGUCAGACAAGAGAAAUUGCGGGAAGGAAAAGGAAACGACGGACAUCUCUUCAGGUCGCCGUCGUGAAGAUAAGCCAGGAUCGCAGCGGCAGCGUAAGAAGAGCCCAACAAGGAGCAAUCAGGCAGUCAUUGAGCUGUCUUCUGACGAAGAGUGA